UGCCUUAAGGUACACACCACUUAAACUUCAACAACCAGAACAGCAAGAACACAGACUGCAGAACAAUGACAAGCAACAAAGUGUGUCUCCUGGCAGCUCUCUGCUCUCUCACAAUCCUCUUCACCUGUAUCAGCAGCACACAGUCAGCAAGCUGCUGCAUGAGGUACAGAAGGGGUCGGCUGCCACCAUGCAGCCGGGUGUUGGGAUACACCAUCCAGACCAUCAAAACCACCUGUGACCUCAAUGCCAUUAUUUUCCACGUUCCUGGCGCGUUCGUGUGUGCCGACCCUUCCAGGCGCUUGACCCAGAUGAGAAUGAAGUGUGUGGAUGACAAGAGGAGGGUGAUCACUAAAAUCAUCAACGAGCAAGCCCCUGCCAACACCACGUCAUCAGCAUAAAUGCUACAGUAUCAUGUCUGCAGCAUGUAGUACUUCUUGUUAUGCCUUUCUUACACCAGGAACUUUAUUUAAUAUUAGAAAAUGUUGCGUUUCACUUUAUAUUCUAAACUUAAAGCUAUUCAAAUCACUGUGACAGGGACUACCAUGUGAUUUGUACUUUCUUAUUAUAAUUGUUCUGUUUUAUAAACAGGGAUGUGUAGUAUUUUAAAUACAUAGUAUACUGUAAGCUGUAUGUGUCAUCAACAUAAAAGUGUUUUUUUUAUUAACUGUGUGUCAAUGUUGAUGAACUUUGCUGAAACACUCUGCUUCCAAAAGUGGAACCUUUUGAUUGUAAUUGAUCAUUGGUUAAAGAGUUUAUUAAAAUACAGAU